AUGAAUUCGGAAACGCACUUCAUACACAACAUAGAGAAUGAAGGAAAUACAAUAAGAGAGGAGUGGCACGAACUUGACAUACUCAAUGCAAUUAAACGCCUGAAAACCGAAAAAAGCACAGGUCCGGACAACAUACCAAAUGAGGCCAUCAAAUACGCUGCGGACAUCUUGAUAACCCCUAUAUAUAAACUAUUUAAAUUAAUAAUAAUUCAAGAGUCAGUCCCUCAUCAAUGGGUAGAAUCACACAUUACUCUACUAUACAAAAAAGGAGAUCCUAAAGAUGUACAAAAUUACCGCCCAAUAAGCUUGAUGUGCAGUCUUUAUAAGCUUUUUUCUUCUUGUCUGCUCAGUAAAAUAAGCGACCAGAUUGACUUAAACCAACCCAAGGAACAAGCUGGCUUCCGCAAGGGUUUUUCCACAAUGGACCACAUCCAUACGUGGAAAUGGGCCGGCCAUAUUGCGAGACUGCAGGACGAGAGAUGGACUCAAAAAGUCACUACGUGGAUCGGACCUCAAGGCAAAAGAAGACGUGGAAGACCUAACUCUAGAUGGGCAGAUGAUAUCAUAUCCGUUGCGGGCAGAGACUGGAAGGAGUUGGCAAAAAAUAGGAAAAACUGGUCAGUUUUGGAGGAGGCCUACACCCAAGAGGGUUUCUCAUCUUCACACUAA